AUAGUCAUCUUUCAUUCAUUUCAUUUUCAAUUUAAUUGUGCGAAAUGCGCAGAUAAGUCAUUAAUGAAAGAAAAAAAAUAGGCUAUGAGUUUAUGAAUUAAAAAGGAAGGAGAAUUGUGCAGGAGAAAGUGUUAUUGUUUCUUUUAAAACCAAAUUUUAUUGAGUGUUAACCAAACUUUUAUGAUUUAUUAUUGGAGUCAACAAAAAGUUGUAAAUAUAGGUUUGUUCAGUGUCACAGCAUAAUAGAAAAGCAAAUUAAUAAAAAUGUCACUGUUCAUGAAAAUUAUUUCGAAAGAAUUCACCGAAAAAGAAGCCAUAGAUCUGCUCCGCCAGUUCAGAGAAAAUAAUGAAAGACGGAGUAAAGAAGUGGAAAGUAUUGGCAUGUUAUACAAUACCAAUGUAAAAAAUGCCAGUGAAAGAUACAUGAUAAUGGAACAAAUGAUAUUUGCAAUGCUGGACUGCCACAUGUAUGGUGGUGCGGCGAUGGAAAUAUAUUGCCUGUCACAGGCAUUCCCUGGUAGCAUGAGGGUCAUGCGGUAUAAGGCAAUGUUACUUGAAGCUGAGGAGAAGUAUGAUGAAGCCCUGGAAAUUUUAGAUCGCAUUAUAAAAGCAGACGAGACGAACGCGCCUGCGCGGAAACGCAGGAUAGCCAUAAUGAAAGCCCAGGGUCAAAUCACGGAGGCUAUCAAAGAAUUGGUAGAUUAUUUGAAAAAGUUCAUGUCGGACGUGGAGGGCUGGCAGCAGCUGUGCGAGCUGUACCUGCAGGCGGGCGAGCUGCAGCGCGCCGCCUUCUGCGCCGAGGAGCUGCUGCUGCACCAGCCGCACUGCCACCUGCACCACCAGCGCCUCGCCGACAUACGCUACACCAUGGGAGGCGUUGAAAACAUGGAGUUGGCCAAGUCGUACUAUUGUCACGCGCUGAAGUUGAAUCCUGACAACAUGAGGGCCACUCUGGGCUUGUUCUUGACAACGACCAACUUGCUGAACCACUACAAGUCUUCAGGGAACAGUUCCAAGCGUAAGGAAGUUUGGAAACUCAGUCAGUGGGUACAGACAAAGGCCGCUAGACGGACCGCGCUCAAUCACAGCACACAACUCACUAACAUGAUGCUCAACCUCGCCAUCACAGAGUAGAAUCGAAUAUAUAAAGAGAGAAAACGACGCUAACAACUAGAGGAAACAUCGCCAACCACCUUCUAGAACCAUCGCCUAGUUCACUAGUAAAAUCGUCGCCAACAACUAGUAAAAUCAUUUCCAUCAAUUAAUAGAAUCAUCACUUUAACUAGUUGAAUAAUAGCUAUCAACUAGUAAAAACGUCGCCAUCAACUAGUAAAAUCAUUUCCAUCAAUUAAUAGAAACAUCGCUAUAACUAGUAGAAACGCCGCCAUCCAUUAAUAGAGCAAUCGCUACCAACUAGUAAAAUGUCGCCAUCAACUAGUAAAAUCAUUUCCAUCAAUUAAUAGAAACAUCGCCAUAACUAGUAGAAACGCCGCCAUCCAUUAAUUGAGCAAUCUCCAUCAACUAGUAAAAACGUCGCCAUCAACUAGUAAAAUCAUUUCCAUCAAUUAAUAGAAACAUCGCUAUAACUAGUAGAAAUGUCGCCAUCCAUUAAUUGAGCAAUCGCCAUCAACUAGAAAAACGUCGCCAUCAACUAGUAAAAUCAUUUCAUCAAUUAAUAGAAACAUCGCUAUAACUAGUAGAAACGCCGCCAUCCAUUAAUAGAGCAAUCGCUACCAACUAGUAAAAUGUCGCCAUCAACUAGUAAAAUCAUUUCCAUCAAUUAAUAGAAACAUCGCCAUAACUAGUAGAAACGCCGCCAUCCAUUAAUUGAGCAAUCUCCAUCAACUAGUAAAAACGUCGCCAUCAACUAGUAAAAUCAUUUCCAUCAAUUAAUAGAAACAUCGCUAUAACUAGUAGAAAUGUCGCCAUCCAUUAAUUGAGCAAUCGCCAUCAACUAGUAAAAACGUCGCCAUCAACUAGUAAAAUCAUUUCAUCAAUUAAUAGAAACAUCGCUAUAACUAGUAGAAAUGUCGCCAUCCAUUAAUAGAGCAAUCGCCAUCAACUAGUAAAAACGUCGCCAUCAACUAGUAAAAUCAUUUCCAUCAAUUAAUAGAAACAUCGCUAUAACUAGUAGAAAUGUCGCCAUCAACUAGUAAAAUAAUCACUCAAUCUACUAAUAAAUAUAUCACUAGCACGCUAGUAAAAAUGACGCCAUCAAAUAGUAGAACCACCGCCAUCUAGUACCACCAUCUCAUCAAGGAAUAGUGCCAUUAUCAAAAAUAGGCAAAUGUUUGGCGAUGUUUUCAUUCAUUGGUCGUAAUAAAAACAUCCAUCGACACCUUUGUUUUGCCAUUCCACUGGAUACCUUGAUAUAAGCUAAUUAUAAAUAUUUUUUUGUUUGGUCAAAAUGAACUCUUCACUUUGAAAAAAAAUCCAACUAGUUUUUUUUUUAUAAAAGUACGAAAAUUACAUCAACUAUUGGAGAGAAAAUAUCCAUACAACUGCCAGUCUACAUAUAUGACUGUUUGUUUCCUAAACUUUGUGACUGGCGCGCUCAUUAGAAAUUGAGAUGAAAGAAUAUAGUCAGAUGAUAUAAGUCUAUUAAUUAAGUUAAAACGAAAAUACAAGUUGCUACUCUUUUAUUAUUAAUUUUGGUUUAUGAAGAGGGUUGGUGAAGAGAAAAAUAUUAUUCUCUAUAUUUAAAUUAACAGGAAAAUAUUAGAAAUAAAUUAUAUCAUCUCAUAAAAUUCAAGUAUACAUAUUUAUAAUAUUAUACACUUUUUAUACCGCAUUGGUAUCUGUCUGUAUACAUUUUAAAAAAUCAAUUAACAUGGUUGAAUGAAAUCUAGCAUGUGUAGCAUAUUUGAUACUGUAUAAGAUAGUAUAGUAUUGUCUAUGGGUUAUUGAUAUUUAGCAUAUGUAGCGUCUUUGAUACUGUUUAUAGUAUUGUUUAUGGUGUAAGUAUUUGAAUUAAUAUGAUAUUGAAAAGAAUAGUUUUGCAUAGAAACUUUUAGUUUCAAGAUAAGCACUACAUGGAUAUGUUUAUUGUUACUAUUUAUUAAAGAGCAUUU